CUGGAACUGCUGGAUGCGUGCUAGCAAGAGAAUUGAUUUACAACAUCCCCAACAUUAAUAUUUUGGUAUUAGAAGCCGGUCCACCAGAUACCCAUAUCAAUGAUAUAAUGCGUAUGCCAUGUGCUUAUACUACGGUUUGUCGAUAUAGUGAAACAGACUGGGGCUAUUCUACUGAAGAUCAAAGAAUGCCUAGUACUGUUGAUCCUACUGAAGAAGUAUUAAAUAAAGGUUCUCCUUUUCCACGUGGCAAG